AUGAAAUCUUUCAAGAAGUUCACAGGCAUCAAAUUUGAAAUUUUAAACGAUCCUCGCCGGCAAUGCUUCUCAACGUCUACAUCAUCAUUACCACAACCGUCAUCAUCAUCGUCGUCGUCAUCGUCGUCGUCGCAUUCGGGUGACCUCAGCGGUUACAUUUCAAGUCUGGUGCCCAUGGAAACAGGAUGCGGAACGAAGGAUGUUCAUUGGAUAAUUUCCGGUCAACCUGGGCAGCAAGUCAACAUAUCCAUCAUUGAUUUCACUUCCUCUUUCAACUUCCGACUUGCAGCGUCAUCGGAAAGUGACUACAAUUCAAUCAUCAAUAACGCAAACAUCAACGACAUCAACAACAACAUCGAAAACAACAUCAACAACAAUAUCAACAACAACAUCAACAUCAACAACAACAUCAACUCAAUCAAUGUUAUAAGCAUAGACACCCAGCACAAAAAAUUCAUCGAUUAUGAGACUGAAGAAUGUUUCACAUGGCAUGGACAUCACCGCCAGGAUGGCCUUGCAUUGAAUAAAUGCGUUUCGUGCCAUUUCAUGAAACCUAGAUUACUUUUUAAAAUUGUUAUCAUAUUUGUGAACCAUAGUGCAGAAUCAUUUGCAUCGUGUUCCCGCGUCCUAGCUACCCCACCGCAGCCACAACACAACAUUCCAGCACACCCGCCACUUGGAAUAAGGCACAGUCUCAACUCGUCUGGUUAA